AGAAGAAUUUCAUUCGUGAAUUCACUUUCGCAGUCGAAGGGAGUGCUGUCGUGUUAUUCGAGUCGAUUGAUAAGCGUGAUUAGUUUCGGGAGUAGAGCGAGUGAGCGAGGCGAUAUUUGACAAAGAAAGGAAUUAUGGCACUGACGAGGAGGUCAUGGCUCGUGGCCGUUACCAUGGCGGCGCUGCUGCUAGGAGAAUUUUCUCCGCUCGUCAAAGGAUUUCCUCGUUAUGAAGGUAAUGGAUGCCCACGGCAGUCGCCCUCUCUGAACAAGUGUAUCCAAGAUAACAUCCAGUACUACGUUUCGUACAUGUCCAAUGGGAAGAUCUCCGAUCGAAUAUACGUGAUGUCAAUCGAUCCGCUUGCGUUCCCGAAUGCCACCCUGGUGCGAAACAGGAACAUCCACACGUACUUCCAGAGCCGGGAGAUGCGAGGAUUUAAGAAUUCCUUUGUCACAGAUGUGAAGGCAGAUUUGAACAAACUUGAAUUUUUGCUGCAAUUCCAUAUGCCUGCUCUGGAUGUGCAUGGAUCGUACAGGGCUGAACUGGCCAAUGACAGACAGAUAGCAGAGUGGGCCAAAAUGUUCUCCUCGAUUCGAAACUCCACCCUGCGUAUGCACCUAAAGGGAAUGACCUACGAGAGCGACGACCGGAUAUACGUGCGGGUAAAUAUUACGGAUUUUGACAUCACCAUCGGCGAUCACACGGUGGGCUUCGGUUGGUUCACCAUGAGUGGAAACUACACGGAGCACAGCCAAAUGUUCGAUCUGGAACGGGGGCGAAACAUCCUUUCGAUUGUGGAGAGCGAAUUUACGCAAAGCUUCCGGGCGAACUUCCAGCAACUGCUGAACGAUAUUCUGCGACUGGCGCCGUUCGAAAAAUUCUUUUCGAGUCAGUGAUGGGUGCUAUGUGACGCGGGAGAGGUUAUCGCAGUGAUACAUACGUACAGGCGACGAAUGUAAAUAGAACUUUAUUUGUAUUAAUAAAUGAAUAUUUAUUUUUGUACAAA